AUGUCUCCCGACGAGGGGGCGGCUCGCCGCAUCCGCCCAAGGCCAGGCGUCCGCGACCGUCGCGAUCGGUUGAGCGGGCGUCCAGCUGCCCGGACCGCGCCGACGAAAACUUGGAGCGGCUCGCGGUUCGCCGCCAGUCAACAGAUGCGGCCGCCGUCGUCAUUGCGCAAGUCCAGUGAGGGCGGGAAGAGCCUGCAGCUGCACUGCGGUAAGGCGCAGACGGACAGCCGCGACCUGCAGCUGAUCCCGACCAUCCGGCCCCUAGACUCCGACAAGGACGGCAAGGACCCUCUGCAUAUCGGCCUACCCAACUACGGGAACUCCUGCUAUCAGAACGCCACCCUGCAGUCGCUGCUGGGCCUGCGACCGUUCGUUAGUGAGAUGGUCUCCCUGAUCUCGGACCCGGGUGUGAGCGGCCAGUGUCGCACGCUGCGCGCCGUCGCCAAACUGAUGGUGCUGCGCCAGAAGGCGCUUAGCAAAUCAGUCUUUAGCCAUCUUAACGACCUACGCGACGUGUUCGCCGAAAUUGAUCCGGCGUUCCGAGGCAUCGAGAUGCAGGACGCCAACGAGUUCUUGCUGCGCCUGCUAGACACCCUGAAGGAAGAGAUCGACGCACAGCGGCCGACCGACAACCCGGUGCGAGACAACUUUCAGUACCAGACCAUCGAGAGCUACAUGUGCACCAAGUGUCAUGAAACGGUACUGAAACAACAAGAGAACAUAAGCUGGUUUGUCAGCGUGCCGCGCCACCAGGGCACAGAGGCGCCCACGCUGCAGGACGCGCUGCGGCUGUGCAUGCGGCCUGACCGGCGCGAGCUGCUCUGUCAGCACUGCCGCCAUGACGAGUGCCGCGUCACCACCAAAAUAAGCCAGCUGCCCAGGACGCUGAUACUCCAGCUCAACCGGUACGCCUUCCUUGGAGGAAAAUCGAUAAAAAUCCGUGCCAAUGUUGACAUUCCGAAGAUCCUUUCGCUAAACGAGUAUGUCGCGGACGACGUCACCCGGCCUCCCGAGUGGAAGUGCUCAAAGCCUUCCCGAUGCACCCUCCCCGAGUUCGAGGAGGCUGAGGCGCCCAGCUCGGGUCCGUCGCCGCCGGCCACCGCCCGGGGACCGUCUCCAGUACCGGCCGCCACCGCCGGCCUGCCAGAGUCCGCCGCCGUCGGCUCGCCGGUGGCGACCGGAGCCGCGGCGCCGGCGCGUCCCAUGUCAGCGACCGGUGCCGAGCCGCCGCCGUUGCCGCCAGCCCAGGCCGAGCUGGUAGCGCAGGACGCCGACCCCGAGUCCAAUCCGGCGCGGACCCGCGAAGACCGCGAGCUCAAGGAAGCCAUGAUGAGGUCGCUGGAGGAGGGAGCGCCGGCCGACGCCGCGGAGCAGGUACAUUUCCCGAAGUCCUGCGUGGAAGACGACCAGUCUCUCUGCUCAACGGACCUGGCCGGCGACUUUACCUACCGACUGGUGAGCGUCGUCAGCCACCACGGCGGCAGCACGCACUCCGGACACUACGUGUCGGACGUAUACAGCGUCGGCAGGGACCGAUGGUACCAUUAUGACGAUCGCCGAGUCAGCUGCGUCGACGAGGCCGAAGUUUUGGGCGAGGGACACCAGAGAAACGGAUACAUAUUCUUCUACCUCCACAAAAACCUUUGCAACCAAGCAGUCAGCGUGGAGGGAGCCGGAGGGGCGCUGUGA